AAAGUUAUUUAACGGCCGAAGCUUUCGCGAGAACGUUUGUGUUUUGUGUUUUAUCUUCGCUGUGAUUUCGCGCUGUCGCUACCGCUCUCAGCUGGCCACUGGCCCGCACUUUGGAAAGCGUUGACUGUGAAAGGAAAGGUCAUUCAUUCGCGUGAGCAAGCGGCGAGUCACAGUGAGUUGUUGCUGCUCCUGCCGUGGAAAAAUCAAUUCAGGCGGGCGCUCAGGCAGUUCACCUCUGGUGACCACCAGCGAUAAGCCGGAAUCAUGCCCGUGGGAACGUUCGACGCCUGGGAUGCGGCCGUCCUGAUUAGCAUCCUGGUGAUCUCAGCGCUGAUUGGCAUCUACUACCGCUACACGGGCGGCAAGCAGAAGACAACGCAGGAGUACCUGAUGGCCAACCAGAGCAUGACCACCUUUCCGGUGUCCUUCAGCCUGAUGGCCAGCUUCAUGUCCGCCAUCUCGCUGAUGGGAGUCUCCAACGAGUCGUACCAGUUCGGCACCAUGUUCUGUGUGAUAAACAUUGCGUAUUGGAUAAGCACACCCAUCGCCGCCUACAUCUUCCUGCCGGUGUUCUAUCGAAUGCGAACCACCAGUGUUUACGAGUACCUGGAGCGGCGCUUUGGCCAGGCCACGCGGCUGUCCGCCUCGCUGGCCUUCACCAUCCAAAUGAUACUCUACAUGGGCAUUGCCCUAUAUGCCCCGGCUCUGGCGCUGGAGGCUGUGACUGGGAUACCAAGGACGGCAGCCAUUCUGGUUAUAGGACUGGUGUGCACUUUCUACUCCACCCUGGGCGGCUUGAAGGCGGUCCUCAUCACGGAUGUGUUUCAAUCGUUCCUCAUGUUCGCCGCCAUAUACGCGGUGAUAGCAGUGUCGGCGAUUAAGGCCGGAGGUUUUGCCGCCAUCUGGGAGGUGGCCGUAGAGCGUGGACGAGUGGAGUUCGACGACUUUUCGGUGGAUCCCACAGUGAGGCACACCUGGUGGUCGCUCAUCAUUGGCGGCAUGGUCACCUAUCUGUCCCUGUACGGAGUCAACCAGACCCAGAUCCAGCGACUGCUUAGUGUGCGCAAUCUGAAGAGCGCCCAGUCGGCUCUGUGGUGGAAUCUGCCCAUCCUGGGACUCUUGAGCUUUAGCACCAUCUUCAGCGGCCUGGCUAUUUUCUACUAUUAUAGAGACUGUGAUCCCCUGCUGGAGGGGCGCAUCAAGUCGCGCGACCAGCUAAUGCCGCUGUUUGCUGUGGACACGAUGGGUCAAUACCCCGGCCUGUGCGGUCUGUUUGUGUCCGGCAUUUUCUCCGCCAGUCUGUCGACGAUUUCAUCGGCAGUCACCUCUCUCUCGGCCGUGACGCUGGAGGAUUAUCUGAAGCCAAUGUACAAGGCGAUAUUCAAGCGAACGCUCGUUGACUCCCAGUCGACGCUGCCCACCAAGGUGAUGGCCUUCUUUUUUGGCCUGCUCUGCAUUGGAUUGGCCUUUGGAGCUGGAUCCCUGGGCGGCGUCCUGCAGGCCUCGCUCACCAUCUUCGGAGUUGUGGGCGGCCCACUGCUGGCCCUCUUCAGCCUGGGUGUUUGCACGACGCGCACAAACCAGCGGGGCGCUCUUCUGGGCUUCCUGGUGUCCCUAAUCAUCUCCUUCUGGAUAGGUUUCGGUGGACCCAAGCCCAGUCCCAUACCCCUGAGCUUUAGCAUGGCGGGCUGUGAAAAUGCCACGGCUCUGGCUGCCCAAGCCCUCCAGCUGAGUGCAAACAGCAGCCCGGUGGUCAUCGAACCUCACUACUUCUGGCUGUAUCGCCUCUCCUAUAUGUGGAGCUGUGUGAUCGGCUUUAUCGUGGCUGUGCUCGUCGGCUAUGUGAGCAGCAUUGCGCUGGCGCACUUUGGAUGGGCUGAGAACUCGGAAAUCUACUUGGACAAGUAUCAGAAGCAGCUGGACUACGACCUCUUUGCACCUAUUCUGUCGCGUCGCUGGCGGCGGCAGGCGGAGAGGCAAAACCACCUAACAACAACUCAGGAUGAAGCGCUAACCAAACUUACGCAGCAGUAGAAUUAGAAGUUCCUUGAAAUUUUAGAUCUAGAAUUAGUAGAUAUAUUUAUGAAGAGCAAAGAAUUUCCAGGAGGCGUUCUGCUUGUUACGGAUGUCGUACCUAAAAGUGCAUAACAAUGUGACCUUUUUGUAUACCUGUGUGAACGAAGCUGGUCAGAAUCGACCAAAAGAGAGUCUUCCAUAUUUAUAAAGGCAACGAUAAUUAUUACAAGUUCACAAGAAAAUCAUUAAGCAUACCUCGUAGGCAUAGACAAAUUGAAUGUUAUACAUGUAUUUGAUGAGAAUUUGGGGUUUUCCCACUCAGACAAUAAAUUAUUUAGGAAAAGGAAGCAUUGACAGCCACAAUGCCAGACACACAAACACAUAUUAUAGAAUUCUGUAACUGAAUAGCUUAGAUUUAUAAACACAACACUUUUAUUUUUAAUUUUAUUAAACAUUUUUAUAAUAAGUUACAUGAUAUUUUAGCAUUUUUCAUUUCACAUAAUACACAGUUCUCGAGGUCAGGAGGAGGCUUUAAAUAUAAACUACAGUGGGAACUCCUAUUAAUAGUUGCACUGCGCUACAUUGUGAAUUCAUCUAUAUACUAUAGAUAUUGUAUGUUACUAUAUAUAUACGUUGUGCUGUGUGUUGCAAUCAACUAUUGAACAAUAAUAACUAUAAGCAGUAAAAUUUACAUGUGUUUGUAUAAAA